GCUGACUUGUGACGAGUAGUCCACUGACUAGGGUAGACAGUACUAGGACGAGGCAACAGCGACUGCGUUGUCCCACCCACACAUCUUGCGGUUGCGCGGCGGAGAGAGAGAUUGAUGAUGUCUUCUUGGUUGUUCCGGCGGAGUGGGCCCUCGGGCUUCUCGUGGGCCUCCACCGCCGACCAAGUCACCGCCGGGCUCUCCGCCGCCGGCCUCACCGCCAUCGUCACCGGCGCCUCCAGCGGCAUCGGCGCCGAGACGGCUCGCGUCCUCGCCAUCCGCGGGGCACACGUCGUCAUGGCCGUCCGCAACCUCGCCGCCGCGCAGCCCGUGCGCGACGCCAUCCUCGCCGACGCCCCUGCCGCCUCCCUCGACCUCAUGGAGCUCGACCUCGCCUCCAUGGACUCCGUCCGCGCCUUCGCCUCCGACUUCGCCGCCAAGGGCCUCCCCCUCAAUAUCCUCAUCAACAAUGCAGGGGUGAUGGCAACUCCUUUCUCUCUCUCAAAGGAUGGUAUCGAGUUGCAAUUUGCCACUAACCAUGUUGGUCAUUUUCUUUUGACUCAUCUUCUCUUGGAGACAAUGAAAAAGACCUCUCGUGAAUCAAAUGUGGAAGGAAGAAUCGUUAAUGUUUCAUCAGAGGGGCACAGGUUUGCAUAUCGGGAAGGCAUCCGCUUUGCCAAGAUAAAUGACGAGUCGGAGUACAACUCCAUUGGAGCAUAUGGGCAGUCAAAGCUUGCAAACAUUUUGCAUGCGAAUGAACUUGCUAGGAGAUUUAAGGAUGAGGGUGUCAACAUAACUGCAAAUUCUCUUCAUCCUGGAUCUAUCAUCACGAACCUUCUUCGUCACCACAGUAUCCUAGAUGUUCUCCAUCGGACACUUGGUAAAUUGGUGCUUAAAAAUGCUCAGCAGGGGGCGGCCACCACUUGUUAUGUUGCAUUGCACCCACAGGUGAAGGGUGUGUCCGGGAAGUACUUCAGUGACAGCAAUGUGAACGAGGCGAGUGAGAAAGGCAAUGACAUGGAGCUGGCCAAGAGGCUGUGGGAGUACAGCAUCGAGCUCAUCACCUGACCUGACCUGACCUGAUUCAUGAACUGAAUGAGAGAUACUAUGUAAUGUUGAAGUUUGAGAGAGUGCCUGUAAAGUAAAUUGUGGUAACUUAACUAUGGCAGCUACCAUCUGGUGUGCGUGCGUACGUACAUCAAACCAACAUGAUACUAGUAGUGAGUAAUAAGCAUAUGCGAAUCUUCCUCCUCCUCCGUA